GCCACGAGCCCCCAGCACAUUGUGGGGAUCUGGGGCUAGCUGCAGGGCUGUCCCAAAAUACAGUAGAAAGCGACCUCGGGACACGUGCAACCCAAGGCCUUGGGUCCCGAACAGAAGCUGACGGGCUGCAGUGCCACCUGCACAUUGGGCAAGUCCUCCCAGCCUGCAGGUGGCGCUGUGGCUCCGCGCGCGGCAGCUACGGCUGCAGCGACCCUGGGCCGGCGGGAAGGAAGCGUCGCUCGGCUUCCGUCCGCGCUUCCGCCAUGGCGUCUUCCUUGUCCGCGCUGUCCUGGCUGCUGAAAGCAGGUGUCCGGCCCGGUUUCCUGCGGACGGCUGCCGCGUGCCCGGCACGGCCCACCUGCAGGGCUCUCGGAGGCGCCGCGGUCCCCAAAGUCGGCGAGCUGGAGGGCGACGGAGAUGCUCAGAGGAAGCUCCUGGACGAGCCUCUCCGGCACUCCGACUUCUUCAGGGUCAAGGAGCUGUUUUCCGUGAAAAGCCUGUUCGAUGCCCGAGUGCACCUGGGACAUAAAGCCGGCUGUCGGCACAGGUUUAUGGAGCCCUACAUCUUCGGGAGCCGCCUUGACCAGGACAUCAUCGACCUUGAGCAGACGGCCUCCCACCUCCAGCUGGCCUUAAACUUCAUUGCCCAUGUGGCCUACCGCAAGGGCAUCAUCCUGUUUGUGAGCCGCAACCGGCAGUUCUCACACCUGAUCGAGAACAUGGCCCAGGACUGUGGUGAGUACGCCCAUACCCGCUACUUCAAGGGCGGCCUGCUGACCAACGCUCCCCUGCUGUUCGGCCCCACGGUCCGCCUGCCAGACCUCAUCAUCUUCCUGCACACGCUCAAUAAUGUCUUCGAGCCCCACGUGGCGAUAAGGGACGCAGCCAAGAUGAACAUCCCAACGGUUGGCGUCGUGGACACCAACUGCAACCCUUGCCUCAUCACCUACCCCAUCCCUGGCAACGACGACUCACCCGCCUCAGUCCACCUCUUCUGCAGGCUCUUCCGGACCACCAUCAACCGGGCCAAGGAGAAGCGCAGGCAGAUGGAGGCCCUGCUUCGGCUGCAAAACCCAGAGAAGCCCUCGGGGCAGCCGGACCCCCGCCCUGAGCAGUCCUGAGCUGUUGCUGUGAGCGCUGUACCCCUGCUCCUGCGCAUGACAGCCCAGCUUGCCCGGCCUUUGCCCAGUCCAGGCCCAUCGGCAUUGUCCACCCUCAGAGGUGUUUGGGACUUCGUUGCCAGGAACAGCACUCAGCCACCCUCACAUGGUGUCUGUGUCCACUCUAUGGGGAACAGACACGAGGCAGACUUGUUGGGACUUGAAUCUAGCACCUUGAUUGCUGGAAAAUGUGGUUCUUCCUGGCACCUGAGAAGUCCCUGUGUUGUGGCUAGGGUAGUGUGUGGUAGAGUGCUUUCUAGCACACACAGGGUCCUGGGUUCAAUCCCCAGCACUGCCUGCCCCGACCGAAAGCCCCUUAAACAUAGCUCGUCUGCAGAAGUUGUGUCUUUGUCUGGAGGGCUUGGACACUGAGGUGUUCUUCUUAGCCAGGAUGCCCUUGCCCUGCUGUAGCAGCCCCUGGGGUGGGGCGGGCUCUUGUAAAAGGUGUAGCAGGAGCCACCAGAUGGCUGCCUGCCGGGGGUGGGGCAGGCCAGGUGGAACAGGUGACAACUCCAGCUGAAUUAAAACCUAGGUUUGGCUA